AUGCCCCCCGCGACAGCGCGGCUGCCUGGGAAUCGCGCGCCCGACCGCCCGAGGGAGCCGAAGGGCAGCGCGAAGGAUGGCGAGGGGCCGCCUCGCCAGCGCGUUUCGCAGCUCGACGGGGCCGCCAAGAAGCUGCCCGCUGGAGGCUCACAGGCGCCGCUGAACUGCAAGGCGGCGAGGGCUGCCUGCCCGAAGAAGGAUGGCGAGACGUCGAAGGAGUACAAGGCGCGGUUGCGGAUCUUCAUGGCGGAGUCGCGCGGUGCAGCUUCCGAGGAGGAGGGCGCGGCGCGGUUCCCGACCUGUAGCAGCGGGUCGCUGCUCGCGUCUGAUGACUUCCCCCGGCUGGAGGCGGAGGGGCCAAGGAGCCGCUUCGCGGCGUGGCGCGCCGAGGUCACGGUCCAGUUCGGCACGACCAUCACGAGCGUCGACAUGGCGGUGCACCUUGUGCAGCUCGUCGAGCGCCACCCUGGCAGCCUGGUGGACUUCUCGAGAGAAUUUGCAGAGCGCCAGGUGAGCGCGCCCGCCGCCGACGCGGCCCUCAGCGAGGCGACCGUGGACUACACGGGCGAGCCCGUGGCCAAAGCGUUGCCCCGCGUGCUCGCGGAGCUGGCGCCAGGCUUGCCGCGGCCCGAGCAUGCCGCGGCGCUGGGCGCCUUGGACUUCGUGGAGCCCGACGUUUCCGAGUGGCUGGCCUCGCCCGAGAAGGCUUUUCUUCCCGAGGCCGACUGGCCCGACCCCAUGCUUCGAGCCAGGGUCAACGUCGCGGGCGAAGCGGGUUGGCGCGAGCUCGCGGUGCACCUCGUGAAGCUCGGGAUUUCCGCGGUGCUGAGCGAGGGCCAGCUCGUCAGGGUCCAGGGUGGGCCGCUCAUGAACGGGCCCUUCGCCGUGGAGAAGAAGGGCAAGCCAGGGCCAGGCGCCGAGCGGGUCACCAGGCCAAUCAUGAACAUGGUCCCUGGCAACGCCCUGCUCAAGCCGCAUGUCGGUGAGGCGUCACUCCUCGCGGCGUCUACGAACUGGGUGUCCUUGCACAUCCCCGAGGGCAAGUUGCUGCUGUGGUCGGGUGACGACCAGAAGGGGGCCUUCUUCCGGCAGGUCUACAUCGCGUCCGCGGUGAUUGCCACGGGGUGGGUGCUGGCGGCCCCGGUCUUCCAGCACAUCCACCGCAGACUGCGCCGCUUGCCGCCGCCCAGGGGUGCAGGGUUUCCGCUCGAGCCGGAGUGGCGGAAGGACGGAGCACGGCCUAUCGUCGAGCUGGGCAGUGGCCGCGAGGCCGGCUGGUGGCAGGUGUACAUCGACGACUUCGACGCGCCCGAGAUCGCGGACGAGGUGCGGGCGCGGCAGCUUGUGGGCACCGAGGCGGACUGCCAGCGGCGCGUUCGGGAGAGCUACAGGCGCGCUGGCGUGGCCUACUCGGCGGGGAAGGCUCACCUGCGGGAGACGCGGGUUGAUCGCAUGGGGGCCGACGUGGAUGGCGUCAGCGGACGGCUGGCGGCGCCAGGCCCCAAGGCGCUGAGCACCGCUGCCCUUUGCCUCGCGACUCUGUCGCAGGAGCGGGCGCCCUGGCGGGUGACGGUCGUCGGCAAGCUGGUGCGGGCUUUUGAGUUUAGACGCCCGCUUUUCGGCCUCCUCAACUCCGCAUGGCCCCUGUCGACGGCGCGAUCGACGGUCCGAUGCAAUGCCGAGAUGGUCGAGGAGCUCCUCUUGGGCCUCACGUUGCUGCCUACAGCGGCCACUUCUCUCCGCGCCCGCAUCGAAGGGAUGGCCACGGUCUCAGACGCCUCCGAGUUCAGGGGCGGCGUCUGCGCGUCCACGAGCCUUCGCGGGGAGGCGGCAUCGGCGCUCGAAUCCGUGAGCCAGGUCGCUGAUCACCUCGGCGUGGGCGCUCGGCUGCUCAACGUGCUCAAUGUCCUAGUCGUGGGGCUCUCCGACGGCAUCAGCGGCCGCGCGGUGUCGCCCCCGAGGUUGCCCGUCAGGAUCGUCGCCUAUGUCACCGCCGAGACCGACGCGAAGGCCAGGCGAGUUGUCCGGCUGAGCUGGUCAGGCGCGAUCGAUUGGGGCGACGUGGCGCGGGUGGACGAGAACCUGGUGCAGGACCUCUUCGACGCGUUCUCGGGGGCGGUGGACGCGCGCAUCUCUGGCGCGGGCGGCCCGUGCCAGGAUCUCUCGCGCCUCAACGCGAGCGGUGGAGGCCUGCAUGGCCGCAAGAGCUCUCUGUUCUACGAGGUGCCCAGGAUCUUCCGGCUCUUGCAGCAGACGUUCGGGCGGCGCUUCUACUCGCUGCUGGGGAACGUGGCGAAUAUGACAGACGAGUAUGUCAAGGCCAUGUCCAGCUGCAUGGGACUCCAGGUGGCACCGCCGCUGCGCCGUGUCGACAAGGGCUGCUACAUCGAGGGCGUGGCAGACAACGGGCCGCUGCUGGACAUCGAGUGGGAGGACCAGGGGUUUCGCUGGCCCGGGCGCCCGCUCCCCUUCCCGACGCUGGUGUGCUGCAGGCCGCCCCCGAGCUUCCCGUCGGCGCCGCGCGGCCUGGCCUCGGCACCCAGUGAGGCGCGAGCGCGCUGGCAGGCCGAUUUCGCCCGCUAUCACGUUGCGCUGUACGAGGGGGAAAAUCUCGCCCAGGAUUGUUCUGGGAAGCUGCCAGGGAGACUGCCAAGCUGCGCGGUGAGAGAACGAUUGCUCGGGCUCGAUGAGGGUUACACCGCGGUAGCCACGAAGGGCUCGAACACGCAGGCCGCCUCAGACGCCAGGGCGUUCCUGUUCGGGAACAGCUUCAGCGACUAUGCGGUCGCAUGGGCUUUGAAGCACGUCCUCCUGGCGGAGUCCGCUUUGGCGCGCCCCCUGCCCGUGCCCGAGAUCGCGCGCGUCGGCCAGCGCCGCGAGACUUGGGACCAGCGCGGCUGCUUCGAGGACAGCGCGGGCGACCCGAACACCGAGGAGGCCAGGCGUCUCGUCCUCCACUGCCUGAGCUGCGCGGAGAAGAGGCUGACCUCGCUGGAGCCUGGGCCCCUUGCGCGGCGGCGGCGCGUCGUGCUGAGCACGGCGUGGCCGCGCGAGCACAUCGACGCGAGAGAGCUGCAGGCGGCGCUGGCAGCCAUGCGAUGGCGAGCGCGGAAACCAGCCCGACACUGCACUCGGUGGCUUCACCUCGUCGACAGUCAGGUCGCGGCGGCCAUCGUGACCAAGGGUCGCAGCAGCCGCCGCCGCUUGCAGCCAGCGCUGAGGCGCUGGAUGGCCAUGGCGAUCGCGGCGGACAUGUACCCGCUGAUCGGCUACGUGGUCUCGGAGGACAGCCCGGCGGACGAGCCGUCGCGCAAGCUGUGGCGUGGCUCACGGUUCAGGAAACGCGGCGACGCGCGGCCCGCUGCGAUCCCGCGCGGUCCGCGGCGCCAGCAGACCCUCGCCUCGCCACGAGUGAGGUUUGCGACUCGAGCGAGGUACACUCGCGCAGUGCAGGACCAGCUGAGGCACUGCGGGGUGAGCCCUCAGGAGGUGCGUAUCCUGGGCGACGAGGCGGAGGAUGCUGACAGCCUGGUCGCCAGCUAUGUGGAGGCUACCUGGCAGAGCGGAGCGGGCAUCGCGCUGGCGAACAACACCGUCGCGGGCGUGUGCUUCCUGCUGCCCGAGCUGCGGUGCAGGCUGGACCAGUCGCGGGCGCUGCUGAAGGCCUGGCGUCGAGCGGAGCCUGCAGAGCGGGCGCUGCCGCUCACGCCCGACGUCGUCGCGGGCCUGGCAGGCCUGGCGGCGGAGGCUGGAGCGUUCGACGUGAGUUGCUUGCUGCUUAUCAGCUUCGAAGGCCUGCUGCGGGGUGGCGAGGCUUUUGCGUUGACGACGGGCGACGUUCUCGACCGAGGUGACUCAGUCGUGCUGCGGAUCAGGACGUCUAAGACGACAGCGGGCAAGGGCGCUGCAGAUGCCGUCGUCAUCCGGUCAGCAGUUGCCAGGGCAAUGCUCAGGCUGGUCGCGCAGCAGCGGCCCGCAGGCGAAGCCCUGUCGUGGAGGUCGCCCGCCCAGCCCAGAGGUGCGCUCGGGGCCCUCACGCGCGGCCUGGGCCUUCCUGGGCGCUUCUCAUGGCACUCUGCCCGACGAGGAGGCGCCUCAGAUGUUUCCUUGCGGUCGGCCUCCAUGGAGGCCGCGCUCGUCAAGGGCAGGUGGGCCAGCAGCAUGACGGCCCGCAUCUACGCCGAGGGUGCGGUGGCAGACCUCGCACGCUUGCGGCCCGCGGGCCAGGCCGCCGCCGCUCUUUUACACAGACUGCGUUUGUUGCGAGCGUUCUCAGAAUUUUGA